AUGCCAUUUCGAUCAAGACUACUUUCAACUGGUGAAGUGAUUCAGCCAGUUGAGCAAGUAAUCGAUCAAAUGCAAGAGAUGGAAAAUCAAUUAGAUCCUUUAUUCUUCAAGAUGGUGGAUUAUUACUUUGACAAAGGAGCCACGGUGAUUACGCCUAAACUUGUCGAAGAGCAUCCAUCACUUGAGAUGUCAAAGGAAGCAAAACAAAAAUUUGUUCGUGGUAUUAUUGCUAUGAUUAAACCGGCUAAUAAGGUACUGCAUAUAACAUUUCCGGUUAGACGUGAGGAUGGAACAUUUGAGAUGAUUGAAGCCUGGAGAGCUCAACAUUGUGAACAUCGAACUCCAACAAAAGGAGGCAUUCGUUAUGCCGAAAACGUUGGUGAAGAUGAGGUGAAAGCACUUUCCGCUCUGAUGACAUACAAAUGUGCUGUGGCUAACAUACCAUUUGGUGGUGCAAAAGGUGGUGUAAAAAUUGAUCCAAGCAAGUAUACCGAAUAUGAAAUUGAAAAAAUCACUCGUCAUAUGACAGUGGAAUUUGCCAAGAAGGGAUUUUUGGGCCCCGGAGUAGACGUUCCUGCGCCGGAUAUGGGUACUAGCGAACGAGAAAUGAGCUGGAUUGCGGAUACAUAUGCUCAAACAAUUGGAUAUACCGAUAAGGAUGCAUAUGCUUGUGUUACCGGGAAACCGAUUGUUGCUGGAGGAAUUCAUGGCCGUACAGCAGCAACUGGACGUGGUGUAUGGAACGGUUUAGAAACAUUCCUGAAUAUUUCCGAAUAUAUGGGUAAAAUUGGUUUGAAACCCGGAUUAAAAGGGAAGAAAAUUAUUGUUCAGGGUUUUGGUAACGUUGGCACCUAUACAUCGCAUUUCAUAUCAACCGGAGGUGGAAUAAUUAUUGGUAUUCAAGAGUACAACUGUUCGGUGUAUAAUCCAAGUGGAUUUGAUGUUGAUGCAUUAAUCAAAUAUGCGGCGGAACAUAAAACAAUAGCGGAUUUUCCAGAAGCUGAAACAUUUGAACCAUAUGGUGAAUUGAUUUAUGAAAAAUGUGAUGUUUUAAUUUUGGCGGCGUGCGAAAAAGUAGUCAAUAAAAAUAAUGCAAGCAAAAUCAAGGCUAAGGUUAUCGUAGAAGCCGCAAAUGGUCCAGUAACACCGGCAGCUGAUAAAAUUUUAUUAGCUCGCAAUGAUUGCAUCGUUAUUCCUGAUUUAUUCAUCAAUAGUGGUGGUGUUACGGUAUCAUUUUUCGAGUGGUUGAAAAAUUUGAAUCAUGUCAGUUUCGGUCGACUUACUUCAAAGCAUGAAAUUGAUUCCGGUUACGACUUACUUGCAAGUGUUGAAGAAUCAUUGAAUCGUGAAUUUCGGAAAAAUAUCAAGAUCGAACCGUCGGAAGGAUUGAAAAGCCGAAUCAGUCAUAAAUCUGAGGAAGAAAUCGUUUAUUCCGGUUUAGAAUUCAGUAUGCAGAAAUCAGCUCAGGAUAUUAUAAAUACGAUACAAAAAUACAAUCUUGGCUUGGACAUACGUACUGCUGCUUAUGCGACAGCUAUAGAAAAAAUAUACAAUACUUAUCGUUCAUUUGGUUUUGCAUUUGCAUAAUUGAAAAUUUCGUAUAAAAAGGCGACUUACAUGGAGAUAAUUAAUGAAUGUUGGGAAAUAAAUGCACGUG